AGUACCUUCUCAUUGCUCCACUCCACAGACAGCAACUCCAUCAUUUUCUCCCAAGAAAUGGCAGCUUCAGCUCUCCACUCCACUGGCACUGCGGCCAUGUCUCUCUCCCUCUUCCUGCUCGCAACCAUCGCCGCCUCGUCCUUCUCUCCGGCCAACGCACAGGCGUCGUCGUCAUGCGCGAGCCACACCUUCUCGAGCAACCAGCUCUACGUGUCGUGCGCCGCCCUGCCGCGCCUCGGCACCACGCUGCACUACAACUACACGGCCGCGGCCAACACCGUGGCCGUGGCGUUCCGCGCGCCGCAGACGAGCAAGGCCGGCGGGUGGGUGGCGUGGGGGCUCAACCCUAACGGCACGGGCAUGGUGGGCACGCAGGCCGUGGUGGCGUUCCGGCACUCCAACGGCAGCCUCGUCGCGUACCCGACGCUGCUCGACAGCUACGCGCCGUCCAUGGCGCCCGCAGACGCCGCGGAGCUGGCGUUCCCCGUGUCGGACGUGGCGGCGGAGUACGCAAAGAACGGCAAGGAGAUGGUCGUGUACGCGACGGUCGCGCUGCCCGGGAAGGGGAGCAAGUUCACCCACGUGUGGCAGCAGGGGGGCUCGGUGGUGGACGACGUGCCGGCGGCGCACCCCACCACCGGGGAUAACGUCCUCUCAACGGGCACCAUCGAUUUCAGCAAGUGAAAGUAACAUAGGAGUAUAUGGAGUACGUACGUUCGUAGGUAUGCUUAUUAUUCGUAUAUACGCGUGUCGUCUGUUCCGUAUGUAUGUGCCCGCGAGCCAUCGCUCCCUUUAUAUAUCGGUGUAUGAAUGCUUGUAUUCAGCGCUCGGCGCAGAGUUAUGAAUACGUACUGUGUGUCUAACUUGUGCUCGGCAUACCCCAGAUUUAAAUGAAC